GGCAGCUGGCAGCAACCGCUAGCGCUGCCCAUACCUCGUAUUUGUGCCUCAUUUGUCGAGAGCACGAGCACUCGCGCUUGACCGGCCAAGCAACUAGCAUCACCACUGACAUGCGGCGCGGCUUCCUGAACAGCGGUGGAUCGACGAAACUGCCGCCAGCACCGCCUCGACAAGCUGCCCCACCGCCAGCACCAAAACAAGCAGCAGCACAAUCCUCGGCUGAGGAGGCCGAUGCCUUCGUCCAACGCAUCGUAGACGCAGCCUAUGGAGGCGGCGUCGACGAUGGAGGCGGCGUCGACGCGCUUCGCGAGGAGAUCUUGCGGCUAGACGCUGCCUCCGACGCCACGUUCGGCACCUGGGUAAUGCGCGGCGGCCUGGACGCGCUCGCCCACGACCCGCGGCCGGGGGACGAGCCGCGGGACCGGUACACCGCGCUCUGCGCGGUGGCGCUCGGCGGAGAUCCGGCCUGCGUGAGCCUCCUGCUCGACCCGCCAGCGCGCGAACGUAGCAUCGCGGCGGCGUCGACGGACGUCUGCCUCCAGAACUGGAACUGGAAGACGCCGGGUGCGCACGAGUCGACCUAUCCGCCCCUCGUCGUCGCGGGCAUCCAGGGCCACGUGGGAGUGAUAGACGCGCUAUUGAACGCCGGCGUUUACAUCAACCAGCGGGCGUCCGACGUGGAGGGAGUGACGGCGCUACACAUGGCGACGAGGUACGUGCGCCUCGAGGCCGUCGAGAUGCUGCUGCGGCGGGGCGCCGACGUCCACGCGAAGACGGUCGGCGACGGUUCUCAACUGUUGAACUCGCCACUGACCUACCUCGUCAUGGCGACGAGCCGACCAGGCGACGACACGAGUGGGACCGUGCUCGAAACGCCCGAAGUGUCCGACGACGCGAGCGUACCCGACGACCGCGGCGCCGUAGCGCGGGCGCUCCUCGCCGCUGGUGCCGACCCACACGCCCCGCUCCUGGGCCGAAGUGGCAAGCUAUACCACGGCGGGGGGUCGCUGGUAGGGCAAGCCGUGGCGCUCCACCACCUUCCGCUCUUCGAGGCGCUCGCGACGCACCGGUGCCCCCCGGGCGAGCUCUCGCGAGCCGUCCUGGGCGACCCGGGGCGGAAGCGACCGGCUCCAGAGCGCGUGCGCUACGACGAGCUCCGGCGCCUGGCGGAUCGCGAGGUCGUGCUCGCGGAGAGACUAUGCGAGAAGGACACCGACGAAGAAUCGACGGCAAGCGACGACUCGGACCCGAACCGCCCCCGCCUUGAGGACGCGCGCACGAUCGCAAAAAUGCUGAGGCAUUUCGCGCUGGCAUUCCGCGGUCCGCCACCGACGCGCGCGGCCCGGAAAACGGUACCGGCGCGCGACAGCUCGAUCCCGUCGGAGGCGGCGCCUCGCACCAGCGGGGCCUGCCACGCAUGCGGAGCCCCUGUCGUCGACGACGGCGAACUGAUUGGCCCGUGUCGGAGGUGCGGCAAAUCCUUUUGCUCGCGCGCAUGCGAGCACAAAGGAUGGAAACCUGGAGGGUUCGGUUGCAGCGGCGUCAUCGUGAGAAACGGUGAUUUCGUCCGUCUGCACGGCCGCACGUUCGUCCAGCCGUGUGACGCGAACUCAGACGCCGCGAUGGACGCAGCGGAACGCCAGGCGGACACGAUCGAGCGCAACAUCGCUGCCGCGCAAGCGCGG